GGCGAAAAAAAUACUUGGGCUGGGGAUCGAUCCGACUAAAUACAGCACUGCAAUGUGACAGAUGGGUAAUAUAAUUCCACGCGUAUUCGUUUAAUAUAUUCUGCAGUUAUGAUUCGUGGUUAAAACGCUGUAUUUAGUGCAUAUGUGGCAUAUUAAUGCAAGAUAUAUUCUAACUAUUUGAAUUUCGCUUGGAAUUUGACACUGAUUCAGUGUCAAGCACUGCAGGCAGAAGGAACCCAUCUUCACAAAAUAAGAUAUGUAGGAGCAGCUUGGAAUAUUGUCCACUGGUGUCUGGUGAGAUGGCGGACAGUGAGAUUAGGGAGGGUUUCCUGUGUCCUAUUUGUGUGAAGGACUUGGGCACAAUAUCACAACUACAGCAACAUUUUGAAGAUGAACAUUCAACAGAGGAUAAAGCAGUGCUGCAGCAACUUAAAGGACUGUUUGGCAAGGCCAAGAGGAAAAUCCUGGCUGCAAUUGACUCUGAUGAAGAGGACACAGUGGACAGUGGUCCCAGUGGUCACCCAGGGUCCAGUACAGCUGUGUCCCAGUCUGUGGAUGCAGGGGGCAUAGAUCCCACUCUGUGGGAGCCACAGGAGAUAGGUUGUAUGAGAAGUCACACUGAUUUCUUCAAACCUAUCCGAGAUGCUAGAAUUGACCGCUAUGUGGUGGAGACAAACAAGCUUAUCAUAAGACUGGACAAACUGGUCGGACCAGAUGUACCGAGUGACCCUAGCAGGAGAAAAAUAUUUGAGAAGAAAGUUGUCCAGUGGGCACCCGACUCUCACGUCAACCUGUGUAUGACAUGUGGCAAGUCAUUUGGUAUAAUGAGACGACGCCACCACUGCCGUCUAUGUGGAGGUGUCAUGUGUGAUAAGUGCUCAGAAUUCUUGUCAUUCUCUUAUGCUAAAAAGCUCACAGAUCCUGCAUUUAAACCUGGCAAUGAUACCCCGCUGGGGAUUGGUUUCCGGCGCUCCAAUAGCACAAGUAGCCUCAAUUCCAUGAUGACCCCUGAAGGCGAACCCCACAUCAGAAUCUGCUGGGAAUGUCGUAAGCUUCUGGAAAGGAGAGCACAGCAGAUGGAACACAGGAACUCCAGGCCUGUGAUUGGUCAGUUUUAUGAGAAAAUGCGCCAGCACAUGGAGACAGCAGAACAGUUGAUUCCUGUCUACACACAGGCUGCUGAGUCCUUGAAUCUUGGCGAAGCUACUUACAAUCUUGCUGAUGCAGAGGAACAGAAAAGGAAACUUGUUAAACUCUAUGAACAGAUUGAUGCUCUGAGUAAGAGAAUAAGCUCAAUGGGAUUGAAUGACACAGAACCUCCUCCAGCAAAAAUGGUGCAAUUGCAGAAAGCUAUACGCUUCCAUGCUAGUCAAUUUAUACAGGAAAAUUUAAUGGGGCUCACUCCCCUCCCAACCCAAGAACAAUUGGUGCAGCUCCAGGCCAAACGAAAAGCCGAAAUACAACGAAAAAUAAUGCUCGAGAGACAGGCCACGAUGGAACGCCAAGAAAAAGAAAAAAGAGCCAGGGAAGAGAAGGAACGAAAGCAACAGGAAGAAAUAAAGAGACAUCAGAGAAAAUCGUCCAAUGAUGUCAUCCGAGUGAGGUCACCAUCUAGAGGUCAUCAGGUGCCGAAUAAGGGGUGGAUGCCCCCUGACCAGAGCAAGGCCAGUGCAGCUACUCCUGAUGAUGACCCCAUGGUGCAACAGAUGAACAACAUCAAACAUUACAUCAAACAGGCAAAGGAUGCUCAGAAGUGGGAUGAAGUCCACAUGCUGGAAGAAAAUUUAAAGAUGCUCCAGAGUGAAUUCUGGAGGCAGUCUGGGUUUCAAAAUUGAUUUGUUCGAAACCGCUAGCUAUUUGUAGUUGCUAUGAUCAUGGUAAAAUGUUGACUUAUUGGGGGCAUUUACAUUCAAUUUGGGUCCAAUUUGAAUUCUGGAGGCAGUCUGGGUUUCAAAAUUGAUUUGUUCGGAACCGCCAGCUAUUUGUAUUUGCUAUGAUCAUGGUAAAAUGUUGACUUAUUGGGCGAAUUUACAGUUAAUUUGGGUCCACCCUUCUUGGUCUCACACAUAUCCAUGAUUAUCCCAAGCUCACCAUAGCCAGCAAAUGUAAUCAUUCUGCAGAGAUGGCAUGCACCAAAAAGAGUCGAAACAACUUGCCUGUAAAUCCACCUAUGAAGCCCCCCCCCUUCUCCCUCAAUGUGGCCAACAUUUUGGCCAAGUGAAUGUGCUCUGGAUCAACAAUGGCAAACCCUCCUAGCCUUUUAGACUUCUCAGCCAUGUCUCAGCAAUGGAAUCCCCAGCUUACAUCAAAAGUUGUUCUGUCAGUGUUGUACUGAUGUUUUGUGUUAAUUAGAUUUGCUCACAAUUACUUGAAGAGGCUCAUUCAUGAAUUUGCUUCAUUGAUAAUAAUGGUUGUUUGUAAUUUUAAUGAUUUAUUCAGCUAACUACCAGUAUCUCAUUAUGUAUCAGUGAAAAUUGAUAUGUUAAUAUGUUUUAUUGAAGGCCACAAUAUUUAUCCAUGUCUUCUAAUGUUCACUAACAGCCCUGUUGCUGUUUUGUUGGUUUCUAUACAAUGAUGCUAAAAAUAAACAGACUUGGUUUAUUACCGGAAAAGUUUCAUAUACGUAUUUUCUCCUUACAGAAAUAAUGCUCAUAUCAGAACUGACAUAGCAACUUAUUUAAUUCCUUAUGUUCAGAUAAGAAAUGAGGUGUAUUUUUUUAAUACAAUGUUUUCCCUUGUUUUGAUAUCUUUGUUUUCAAUCCUUUAUCCGUAAUUCUAUAUGUUUCUCUUUUGUUAAAGUAUGUGACAUACUUAAACAAGGAAACAAAACUGUUGUAUGUGGUUUCAACCAGACGUGGAUCCUAUUGUGUAAGGAAACCGUCCUUAGCCCGACAUUUUAAUGUUAAAAUCAGUCAUGGAAGUACCACCUUAAUAUUGGUACAUGCUACCAAUUGACUCAAUCUUCUCUUAGCAUUUAAUUACACUGUUAAUUGCAAUAUAGUGAAAGGUGCUGUUGGAUCAUGGGCACAUAAAAUGCCAAAAAAAAAGAAAAGAAAAAUAACUUAUAAUUUCAAUUUAAAUCUGUUGUAAAAAUGUAGUUUAUUUGUGCAAGUUGGCUUCCAAAUUCAAGUUGUUAUGAUGUUAUGUCUUUCCAAUUUCAUAAAAAUUUUGGUUGCAAGUUGUAGCAAUUAUAGAAUUGUUUUGAAAAUAUAGCAUUUAAUUUUUUUGUUCUGGCCAUUUUACUGCAUAUUAAGUGAAAGUUUCAAUGGGGCAUCACUUAUAACUUAAACAGUUGCUGGUGAAAAUUUGAAAAGCAAGACCUUCAUUAGACUCUAGAUAUAAAAGAAUACAAUUUCAGGCACAGCCAUAGUAUACCUCAUAAGGAUGUCAAUUUCUUGAUGAAGAAAAUCCUGUGUCAGUUGCAGCGGUUAUCAACUGACAUUUACCUUAAGCAGUUACAUAAAGUUACAUUAUUAAUUGCCAAGCUCUGUGGUCAGUAUACAAUGCUACU